GUGACACUGGCACGGCACCUCUCUCACAACUCGAGGCUCUCUACAACUGACCAAAACAUUCCCCUCCCCACCCCUCCCCUCCUCUUCUUGCUUGAGCUUGAGGAGCGGUCUCUAGAAGUUUUGUUUGUUUAUGCCGGGAAAUAUUUUACUAUUUGAGCUGAAAUGGAGGAAGAUCAGUUCUCUGGAGAAGAACCGUUUGAUGAUACCGAUAAUCAAAGAUUGCAUGAAACUAUUUUAUCUAUUGAAAAGUCCCUAGAGGAAACAAACGAGAACUUGGAACGACGCGAUGUUUCAAGAUCUCUAGAAAGUGAGGAUGAUAAGAGAACUACAAACUCUGAUUUUAGCAAGAAUGACACUGAUGUUGAUGCUCCUCUGCCUGAGCUAGAAUUGUCAUCAGCACAGAAGAUUGCCGAGCCUGAGACACCUCAAACAGAUGACUACAGUGUUGAGGAAGACCAAGCAUCUCUGGUUCAGGGAAAUCUUACCGCAAUUUUACCUUCCCCUUCCAAGGGUACUCCAGAGGAAGUUAAUAUUGCUCAUGAAGUACACCGAAGCUCUCUUAAAGAUGGAAUGACCUAUGAAGCAAGCGGAAGUCCGGAUAAAACUGAAGCUUCUUUUGAAACAAGCAGAAUUCCUGAAAGAACUGAAAUGGCUUUUGAAGCAAGCAGAAGUCUUGAAAGAACUGAAAUGGCUUUUGAAGCAAACAGAAGUCCUGAAACAACUGAAACUGCCAAUGAUGUGAGCAGAAGUCCUAUAGAAGCCGAUGUUGCACAUGAAUUGAGCCAAAGUCCUGUUAUUGCUGAUGUUGCCCAAGAAACAAGUGUAAGUCUGGAAAAGACUACAGUUGCACAUGAAGUAAGCAAAAGUCUUGUAAAAGAUGGUGUUCCCUAUGAAGGUAGUCAGAGUCCUAUUAAUGAAGAAGUUGUCCAGCUAGAAAUCACAAGCUUAGGAAUUAGCAAGUCUGCUGCAGUUGACUUUGCAUACCUGAGGGAUUCUCAGAGUUUGGAAGAUGACAAGGUUUCCCGUAGAAAGAAGAGACAACGAUCACCUGAGAAGGAAGUUGUUGAAAGUCACGAAGGUGAUGACAUUUUGAGUAAGGCAAAGAAACUGAAGACACCCCCAAAGGAAAGUGGCCAUCAAACAAUCAGCACACAAAAGGUUUUUAAGAAACGAGGUAGACCAUCAUUAGCUGACAAGAUGCGGCGGAACAAUUCUGAGAACCUCCCUCAAAAAGUUGACAAACCCAAGAAGUCAAAAUCGACUGGAAAAGAGGAUAUAAUUGUGAAAACUACCCCUGGGAGAGGGGCUAUUCUCAACAAGUCCGCAUCCACUUCAAAAGAGGAUAUUGCUCCUAUGUCAAACAAAUCCACAACCUCUGGAAAGGAGGACAUUUCUUGCAAAAAGAAUGAACUGAAACCUUUGAGACGGCCCAGGAGAAAUGACCGUGAUGAAGAUACUAGUCCCCUCUUUUUACCAGAGGAUUGGGUCUUUAUGGCUGUUAAACGGCAGGCAGGUACAGCUAUUGGCAAAUUUGAUGUCUACUACAUAACCCCUCCCCCACGAAUCAAAUUGCGAUCAAGACAGGAGCUGGUAGCCUACAUGAACAAUCAUGGCCUCAACUAUGAUCCCUUAGAUUUUUUUAGAAAAUCAAAUAUUCCAUUUCUUUUGAAGCAGGGGACCUUGAAGUACUGUGAUCCUAAGACGAUUGUAUCAUCAAAUGCAGAUGAAGUAGUUGUGGCCCAAUUGAUGAUGGCGAGAAAAGCACACAAGGGCCUUCUUAAAACAGAAAGUGGUGUGAUACCCAUCACUCCCAUCAAGGCCAUUGAUACUAAGACCAUUAAGAGCCAGAAAAGGUUGUUAAAAGAAAAGGCAAGUUUGAAGAGAAAGUAUCGCAGCAAGUUUAAGUCUUCACUUAAAAAGGAAAGGCUGUCCGCGAGAACCAAGUUAGAUGAAGUAUCACCUGAGCCUGUGUUGCGAAAGGCACGAGAAAGAAGCACAGUUUCUGCAACCAAGUCACAGGAAGAAUCUGUAGAAUCAGUGCAUAAGGAAUUAAAGGAAAGUAACAGUGUUAUAAUUAAAUCAGAGAUAGUGUCUCCUGAUACUACUAGGAAGACCAGACUUCGAAGUUCAACGGGUUUGGUUGAGCCCCCAGCUCUCCUUCCAGUAAAGGCAACCAGGAGAUCUACCAAGGUUCUAGAGAUAGUUGAAAAUGCUCCUUCACCAAAGACUCCUCUUAAAGGCCGACCAGGCAGACCCAGGAAGUCAGUACCUCCUCCUCCUGCUCCAGAGUCAGAUACCAGCUUGGAACAAAGAAAAAUAAUACAAUCCAAACCUAAGAUAGUCAGGAGCCCUUACUUUUCAUCUGACGCCAACAUUGUGGAACAGCCUGUAAGCUCUGCAGGACGGAAAAGAGAGAAGAACAGUGAUAGUGCUCCUCCAAGAUCACCUUUCAAUCUAAUACAGGAAGAUUUGUUUCAUGAUCCAUGGCAGAUGCUGAUUUCCACCAUAUUUCUCAACAGUACUAGUGGGAGAAUUGCAAUUCCUCUGGCUCUGGAAUUCUUGAAACGAUGGCCAACACCACAAGAAGCAUGUCAGGCUAAACUUUACGAUAUUUUGGAUGUCAUAGAGCCACUUGGGUUUGGGCGUACACGAGCUGCUAUCAUCAUACGUUUUUCACAUGAAUUUCUUACUAAAGAUUGGAAGUUACCUAGUGAUCUGUACGGUAUAGGCAAAUACGGUACAGACUCCUACAAAAUAUUUUGCAUGAAGGAUGCUUGGAAAAAUGUGGAGAGUGAUGAUCCUUUGUUAAUGAUGUACCUUAACUGGAGGAGAGCAACUGAGCAUCUCAGGAAGAAGUUCCUCAUGUCACGCAAUAAGCGUAGAACUGUGGAUCCAGAUGCAAAGGUGAUAAACACAGCCAGACUUAAUGCAUUACAAGCUAAACUGACCAAACAGACAAAGGAUCAGUCCCUCCCUUUGCCUAGGAAAAGGAAAAGACAAAUUUGAAAUAAUUUUACUUCAUUACCAAUUUUUUUUAAUUCUGUACUCUUUUCAUUACACAAUUCAUUUUAAUUUAGUUCUAGCUACAAAAUAAAAACAAUUUGAAAAGGAUAAGCAAUAAAAAGGAUUUUAACAUUAGAAAAUACUUGUAUUUCAUUUGGGGUUGAACAAGAACAGAAUUGCCUCCAUUUUUGCUCAAAGAUCAUUUGGUCCCAAACAGACAUGUGAUGUUUGGUGACUAAAAAGCUUAAUUGAGGUAGCUGUCAUCUGUUAACUUGCACAGCAAGUUUCAACAUCAUAAACAAUCUAAUCUACCUGUCAACCGAAAUAAAUAUUACAUCAUAACUCCAUUUUCACCAAGGAUGUCCCAGUUUCACAUCCACAGAAAACAUAAAUAGUUCUCCAUCAAUGCCGCCCAUUGAUUGAGGAUCACAGACAUAACAAGAGUGUUAAAAAAAGGGGGGG